AUGACCCACAUUGAUCCUCCUCACAUUUUGCAAACAGUUGAUGGCAACUGGUCCGAUUGGAAUGAUUGGAGCGACUGUCCUGUCACGUGUGGAGGUGGAGUACAGGAAAGAUCAAGAACUUGCUCCAAUCCUCCGGCACAAUUUGGAGGAAAGCCUUGCCCUGGGGAGGGCGAAGAAACUCGUGUUUGUAGUGAAGAUCCCUGUCCAGUUGAUGGUAAUUGGUCCGACUGGAAGGACUGGAGUAAUUGCCCAGUCACAUGUGGUGGCGGAGUACAGAAUCGAUCCAGAACCUGCACCAAUCCCCCCGCCCGAUUUGGAGGGAAGCCAUGCCCUGGAGAAAGUGACGAGACAAAAGCAUGCAAUGAAGACCCUUGUCCAAUUGAUGGGAAUUGGUCUGUCUGGAAGGGCUGGAGUGAUUGUCCGGUGACUUGUGGUGGGGGAAUACAUAGUCGAUCAAGAACUUGCACCAAUCCCCCAGCUCAGUUUAGAGGAAAGCCAUGCCCCGGAGAAAGUGAUGAAACAAGAACCUGCAAUGAAGACCCUUGUCCAAUUGAUGGUAACUGGUCUGAUUGGAAAGAAUGGACGGAUUGUCCUGUUACGUGUGGUGGUGGAGUCCAGGAAAGAUCAAGAACUUGUACCAAUCCACCAGCGCAAUUUGGAGGAAAGCCAUGUCCUGGAGAGAGCGCGGAAUCGAGAGCUUGCAAUGAAGACCCCUGUCCAAUUGAUGGUAACUGGUCUGAUUGGAAGGAAUGGAGCGAUUGUCCUGUCACGUGUGGUGGAGGAGUCAAGGAAAGAUCAAGAACUUGCACAAAUCCGCCUGCGAAAUCUGGAGGAAAGCCAUGUCCUGGAGAUAGCGAGGAAUCAAGAGCUUGCAAUGAAGAUCCAUGUCCACUUGAUGGCAACUGGUCUGAUUGGAAUGAAUGGAGCAAUUGUCCUGUCACGUGUGGUGGAGGAGUUCGGGAAAGAUCAAGAACUUGUACUAAUCCACCAACGCAAUUUGGAGGAAAGCCAUGUCCUGGAGAGAGUGAGGAAUCGAGAGCUUGCAAUGAAGAUCCAUGUCCAAUUGAUGGCAAUUGGUCCGACUGGAAGGACUGGAGUGAUUGCCCAGUCACAUGUGGUGGCGGAGUACAGAAUAGAUUCAGAACCUGCACCAAUCCCCCCGCUCAAUUCGGAGGAAAGACAUGCCCUGGGGAGAGUGACGAAACACGGUCAUGCAACGAAAUCCUUUGUCCAGUCGAUGGAAACUGGUCCGAUUGGGGUCCUUGGAGAGAGUGUACGGUUACUUGUGGUGGUGGUAAGCGGAUCCGCACCCGCAGCUGCACCAAUCCUCCGCCGGCAAAUGGAGGACUAGUCUGCAUCGGCAAAUGCGAGGAAUCACAGGAAUGUAACAUUGACCCGUGUGGAAGACCUCCAGUGAUAACACACAUUAACACGUCACUCGCCUCGACCGUGGUUGGAGGUAAGGUAGAGUUACAGUGUGUCUCCGACGGGGAUCCCACACCCACAGUCACCUGGUACAGUCCCAACGGUACAGAACUGCGCACCAUCACAGGAUACAGCACAAUAUUUGUUGAGAUAGAUGGUCCGGGUGACUUUGGUGACUACCGCUGUAUAGCUUUCAACGGAUUCGGUCCUCCAGUUGAGAGAGUAGUAUCCGUGAAUCCUGUGGUUCCACAAAAGAUUGGACCACCAGGCGAUCCCGGACCUAAAGGCGACAAAGGUGAUAAAGGUGGGCCAGGACCCCCUGGACCAGAAGGUGACCGCGGAAUGAAGGGUCAACCUGGUGAUGACGGUCCUAAAGGACCCCGCGGGCCUCCGGGUCCUCCGGGGCCUCCCGGGGAAGUUAUUUUUAAUGUCACUGGACCUGAUGUUGGGCCAAUCGAGGGCAUGGUGCUUCCAGGUGGCUCUAAAGGACCUAAUGUCGGAUACGUAACAGUGAAAGGAGAAACAGGAGAGCCGGGCUCACGUGGAGCUGCGGGAAUUCCAGGUCGCCGUGGACCAGACGGUACUUCAGGGAAGAAAGGAGAAAUGGGACCCGAGGGAGAAACAGGAAAAUCGGGCGCACCUGGUUUACCAGGACCCCCAGGUCUCCAGGGAAGAAAUGGAGAUGAUGGUGUUCCUGGUCCCACGGGUGAGCCUGGUGCUGCUGGUAACCAAGGAGAACCGGGACCAGUUGGUAACCCAGGUCCCAACGGUCUACCUGGAAUCAAGGGCGAUAGGGGAGAACAAGGUCAACCGGGAGACAGAGGAGAUCUGGGCACAACAGGGCAAACGGGGUUUGAUGGAAAACCCGGUCGAAAUGGUGUCAAUGGGAGGAAGGGAGAACAGGGACUCCAGGGUUCACCUGGGGAACCAGGACGUGGUGGUUCACCUGGUCGACAAGGUAUACUGGGCAGACCAGGACCAGAGGGACCAGCGGGUGCCCCCGGAGAAAUUGGUGAAUCAGGAAGUGCCGGAGCUCCUGGACUGAAAGGCGACCGAGGGCAACCAGGGUCACGUGGACCACGGGGAUCUAUCGGGGAACCUGGGCCCAUUGGGCCAACUGGACAGAAAGGAGACUCUGGUGAACAAGGUCCACGAGGCAUAACGGGACAACCUGGGGCUAAAGGAGUGACGGGUCCUGCCGGCAGUAUGGGCCCCAUAGGAGAACGAGGAAAGGAGGGCGCUCCGGGAAUCGAUGGUCAACCAGGCGCUGAGGGAGGAAGGGGGGAGAGGGGCCCCCCUGGAACAGCAGGACCAAGAGGAAGACUGGGAGCUAAAGGAAACCGGGGUCCUACCGGACGGAUUGGAGUCCCUGGUCCAAUUGGCUCGCGUGGAAAAAAGGGAUCCAGGGGACGGAGAGGAGAAAGAGGCCUUCCUGGUGAAAUAGGCCCAGAGGGACUGCCAGGUGAAGUUGGUUAUCACGGAGCUGUUGGCCUGGCAGGGAAAAAGGGCAAACCUGGAUUAGCAGGAAGAGACGGAACUCCUGGAACCAAAGGAGAUCAGGGAUCUGCUGGAGAGGCUGGAAAUCCUGGGAAUCCUGGAAUGAGGGGGAUGGGUGGACAGAGAGGAAGAGCAGGAAAUCCUGGGGCCAUUGGAUCAAAGGGCUUACCAGGCGAAGAUGGCACCCCGGGAAGGACUGGAGAUCCCGGCCUACCUGGCACGAAUGGUUCUCCCGGCCUUCGAGGAGCAAAGGGAACAAUGGGCCAGCAAGGCAAAGAUGGACCAUCAGGCCGUACGGGACCGAGAGGAACAAAGGGUGAUAAUGGUGCUAAAGGUUCGACUGGGACACCUGGAACAACAGGAAGGGCUGUAAGUUCAUAG